AUGCUUGCCUACGGAGUGGCAGCAGAUGCGUUGGAUGAAUAUCUACAGAUGUCUGAAGAUUCGGUGUUGCUCUCGUUGAAGGAGUUUUGCAAAUUGGUCGUACAUUUGUUUCAAAACGAAUACUUAAGGAAGCCAACCGAACAAGAUCUCCGCCGAAUCAUGGCAAUCAACGCAGCCCGAGGAUUCCCGGGUUGCGUUGGGUGCAUAGAUUGUCAACAUUGGGAAUGGGAACGAUGCCCUAUUGCCUGGGCUGGGCAAUAUAAGGGAAAGGGUAAAAAGCCGACCAUUGUGCUAGAGGCAAUAAGUGAUGGCGAGGUAUGGAUAUGGCAUGCGUUUUUUGGAAGUCCUGGUUCUCUGAAUGACAUAAGCAUUAUGGAUCAUUCGCCUACUAUCGAUGACAUAAUUGCUGGAGAGUUUCCUCCAUCUUUACCAUACUGGGUAAACGGAAACGAGCGAAAGAUACUGUACUACCUUGCGGAUGGCAUCUACCCUAAUUGGGCCAUAUUUGUGAAGACAAUAAGUGAGGGCGUAACAAAGAAAGAGACGACUUACGCAGCCGCACAAGAAGCAAUGCACAAAGACAUUGAGCGGGCUUUUGGUGUCCUGACCGCAAGAUUUCACAUCUUGAAAAGACCCUCCCGACUUUGGUAUCAAGAAGAUAUUGCCCGUGUUAUGAAGGCAUGUAUUAUCAUACACAAUAUGAUAGUGGAGUAUAGAAGAGACACAUACGAAAUUGAAUGGCAUUCACGAUCUGCCGCCGGCAUUUUUGCCAAUGGAGCAGUACCGACUGAGACCUGGGCCAGCAUGGUAGGCUCAAGAGAGGAAAGAAUCACAAACUCAGACGAUCACUUUUCUCUUAAGAAUGACCUCAUAGAACACAUCUGGGAAAUGCACGGGAAUCGAUAG